CUACACAUUGAAGUAAUUUAGUAAGCAGACGACCCCCGAUUCACUUGAAACACCCAUCUCCGAUUGAAUUGAAUCUUGAAAUUUGAUUAUGGUGCUGUGAUUGUGUGCGCUAAAAUCAAGGAAGCGUCUUAUGUGUGAUGUGGUGAAGUUUGGUGAGGUGUGAGUGCGGUGUCGUGGCGGGUGGGUAGUGAGCGCAUGCAGGGGCGCGCGGGCGCAGGUCCGGGCGGGCAUCGCACUCUCCCGCGCGCCCUCCCACCUCCGGUCCUGCCGCCGCCGCCACAGUUCGCUUCCGAGGAAGACGAGAUGCCGGCCAAUCAAAUUGCACAGGUAAUCGCGCUAAUAUGUGGCUUGCUGGUUGUAAUCCUGAUGGUGCUUGGACUGGCAUCAGCGGACUGGCUAAUGGCGGCCGGCUGGCGUCAGGGGCUUUUUAUGCACUGCAUCGACCCAAUCGCACCAACACCCUUGCCCUUCGACAUUAUAGCUCAGCCGGGAUGCUACGCCGCGAGACCAGCCCCAUACAUCAAGGCCGCGGCUGGUUUGUGCGUGGCGACGCUAGCGGCGGAUGUGUGCGGGGCUCUGUUGACCGGGCUCGGACUGCGCUCCACUGAUCACCGCACUAAGUUUCGGUACUACCGUUUCGCAGUGCUCGCUAUGGCCCUUGCACUGAUGUGCAUUUUGAUAGCAUUAGUCAUCUACCCGGUUUGCUUUGCGGCCGAAUUAAAUCUGGGUAACCGGUCAGUAUGGGAGUUCGGUUGGGCGUACGGAGUGGGGUGGGGAGCCGCCAUAUUCCUGUUCGGGGCCGUAGUGCUUCUGCUCUGCGACAAGGAGAGCGAGGAGCUUUAUUAUAAGGAACGGAAAGUGGUGAGCGUGGAGGGCGGCGGACGCCCCUAGGGUUGCGGGCGCCUGCCCGACCUCGUGCCGUGAGCGCGCGUCUAGUGCGCACGCACACGCGCGCCCGUGACGCGGCUCGACGCACACGCACACACGCACGCCACGCCGCGCGGCCGACGCACGCGAUCCCAUAGCCUUUUGAACGACAUUGCCGCCUGUACUCUACCACUGAACAAAUGCCAUAGAUACUAAGGAUCCUAUUAAAAAAAAAACAGAUUAACUUUAUGUCGAAAUUUAAACUUUUUAGUAUUUUGAUUUAAUUUGUUAACAUGGAGCGCACUAACGCCGUGUCAUUCAAAAGGUAUAAAGCAGUCGCUUCGUCACUGAAGUACUACUAUAUUAUUAUUAGUAUUAUUAUUGCCGAUCGAAAUGUUUAACCCUGGAUUUUUUAAGAAUUAUUUUGAUAUGCGCUUCCGCUGAAUUUAUCGGUUUAAAGCGAAGAUACGAAUUCCGUCGUGUUGAGUACAUUGGGCUCGUCUCAUCGUGUUGCGGAUUUCUGAAAGCGAUUGUCACGAAAGAUCUGAUUCGAGUAAAGAAAAUUAAUGUUAGUUUUUGAAUGUGUAGUUUUUUUGUGAGGAAAAUUAAUAGAAGGUUUUGGACGACGUCUGUUCUGCUUGUUAUAAUUUGUAAAUAAAAAAUCAAUAGGCUGAGUUUACGCA